AUGGUCCCCUUCAACUAUUCCAAGCUUCAGCUCGGACCGAAUACUACACGCCUCGUCCGUCUUCUGCCAUCCGAGAAAGACGAUACCCCGAUAAGAUGCGAGCUUAUCACCUAUAUACUGCCAGAGAGCACUGGCAAAAGGCAUCUCUACGAGGCGUUGUCCUACGUAUGGGGCAGCCAAACCUUGGUACACCUCCGAGAUAAUCAGCUGGAGAGAAUAUUAUGGUUUGAUGCAAUAUGCAUUAAUCAAGAGGAUGAUGAUGAGAAGGGCGAGCAGAUCCCUCUUAUGCGGUCGAUUUAUGCACAAGCUGAUCGCGUUCUUGUCUGGCUUGGAGAGGCUACGCAGGAUGAUAAAAAUACACUCAAAAAUAUUCACCGCUUGGCAUGUGGAAGCCUAUGUGGUGAAGAUGAAGACUUAUUGGGUGCAUGUUUAAGAUUAUUACGACGUGAUUGGUUCCAACGUACAUGGGUACUUCAGGAGGUUGGUGUCGCCCGAUGUAUAUCCAUCCUCUGUGGCUCUAUGGAAAUAGAUGGGUAUAUUUUCUGUGCAGGCCUUGCAUCCUCCAGACUCUCGUUGCCAAGCUUUAUCUACCCAGUUCUUCACCUGAUUAAGGACUCGCGUCUCCGUCCAAGAUAUGAAAUUGAUCCACGUGGAAUACUUACUAUUGGUGAACUGAUUGACAUGUACCGCUUUCACAAGGCAACUAAGCUACACGACAAGAUAUACUCAUUGCUAGGCCUGUGCGUUGAGAAUCCUGCAGAGGUUGGGUUAAAGCCCGACUAUCGUCUUCGGUGGAAUGAGGUCUUCAAGAAAGCCAUUAUCCAUGUAUUUCAUAGUUCUUGCUCUGUGGAGACAUGGCCGGAGUCACCAGUCGCUGUGAUCAAAGGGAAAGGGUUGGUUCUAGGCUAUGUCGGCUCUGUUGAUAAGGAAAUUUCCAGAUAUGGCUAUCAACAUAUCGAGGUAAGCUAUAAUUAUACCGCUCGUUCACUAAAUUACCGGGGCAAAUGGGGCACUAGGUGGAGGAUUAGUGUUUCUGCGGAGUCAGUCGAGAAAGGUAAUAUUAUCUUUCUAUUGAACGGUGCCUCAAGUCCAAUCAUCGUUAGACUCUGCAGGGGUUAUUUCACUGUCAUUGUGAGCACAACAGCACUUGAGUCAUAUGACAACGUGGAAAGGUCUAAUGGAGUUUCCACCCAAAUGGGGUUCCCUGCACAAGGCUCUCUUCGCGACAUCGUUUUGGUUUGGGACAUAUCAUCAGCCGAUGGAAAACAUAAUCAAGACAAUGACGACCAUAAGGAUCUCAUCUACGUGGUACCACAUUACCAAGAGAAAGCUUCCGAGAAGGAAAAAAGACUACAAGGCAUAUCACUCAUCUCAGAAGACAUCAUGAUGCAAAUACUGAAACAAAAUGGGACCAGGGCCCCGGAUAACGAGCUAUACCAGGCCAUUCAACAUCUUGGAGGGAGGAUACCACUCCCUGAGAACAUCAUUGAGGCAGCUGCUGCACGCGGAAGACUUUAUGGGAUCAAAAUUGUGGAGCAGCUCCUGGGUCACUGUGGAGACACCAUACCAGUCUCUGAAAAUGUGCUUGCGGCAGCAGCAGCAGCAAAUGAAGAACUUUUGGGGUUCAUAGUACUGGAGCGGCUCCUGAAAUACUGUGGAAAGAGUCUACCGGUCACUGAAGAUGUGGUCAGGGCAGCAGCAGCAAAUGAAGGACUUUAUGGGUAUGGGAUCAUUAAGAAACUCCUGCGACACUGCGGAGAAAGCCUACCGGUCUCUGAAGAAGUGAUCAAGGGAGCAGCAUGGAACAGGGGAUUCUAUGGGCAUAUGAUCAGGGAGCAGCUCCUAGAACAUUGUGGACGAGGAGGCAUAAUAGUCUCUGAAGAUGUGAUCAAGGCAGCAACAGCAUAUAGAGAUAUUUAUGCGAAUGAGAUCACACAGCAGAGCCUGGAAGAUUUUGGAAAGAGUCUACCAGAAUUUGAUGAUGUGAUUGAGGAAGUAGCAGCAAAUGAAGAGGAUGAGCAGGAGCUGCUCCUAGCUUAUGGAAAGUCAGAGCCUACCAGAAUCCGAAGGUAUUGUCUGGGAGCAGAAUCAAAGGGAAGUUACAGAUGUCAGAUCAGGAAGCUGCCCCGGGAAGAUAUAAGUAGGAUGGCGAGGAUUCCCUGUGGCUCCAUAGUAUCCCACUAUCCUUUUAUUGCUCCGUACAGGCACGUCUCUUCUUUUUAGUCGAGGCAUCCGAUUAGCAGGUAUGUGAAGGUCACAUGCACGAUUACCACCUCUACGCAGCCUGCGAAGCCUUAGAUAUGAAUAUUACCCAGUGGCCUUAAUCUAGAUAGCGUUCUCAACAUUUGUUAACCCCUUUGCUAAGGGGUGUCUGGGAUAAUGGGAGGUCUUGAUCUCACCAUGGCCUCUUCACGUGACCAGGGACGCCAUGAAGAAAACUGCCCUCCAAAGGCAAAGCUGAGAUAUCCA